AUGAUCUCUGUCACAGAGGAUGAGCCUCUCCACGUGCUGGAUCUCCCGCAGACCUACCAGAAGCCGUCCGGGACCGACCUGAUCAAGGCGCUGGCGUUAUUGACCCUGCAACCAAGGUCAUUCGCACUCAAUGCCACCGACACGCCUAAAGGUCCGGCGGUGCAGCCGGCCGGGGUGACUCAGUACCUCACGUCCAUCAUCUCCAGUUCGCUGGCAUGGCUGGACACCGAGGAACUCCGGGAAGCCGUGUGGGAUGCCGCCGCCGCUCGACUCAGCGAGCGGUCUGGCCGAACAGCAAUGCCUGCCAUGUCCCGCAUCUUCAGCAUUCCCACGUCCUCGGGCGAAGAUUACACCCUGACGCUGCACGAACCAUCCCUCACGGCUGACAAUCUCGGCAUGAAGACCUGGGUGUCCUCCUACCUCCUCUCGCGCCGACUGCACAACCUCCUCGAGUCACCCCCGCAACUCGUGCCCACGACAUCGACCGACCCCUCGCUGAGGACGGAGCACAAACCCCUCCGGGCUCUAGAGCUCGGGUCCGGCACAGGACUCGUGGGACUAUCCUUUGCCGCCCUGCGCGGCAAGUCCGCCACCGUCCAUCUGACGGACCUCCCUGAGAUCGUGCCGAACCUCGCACACAACGCCGCGUUGAACGUCGAGCUCCUGACCAAGACCAGUGCAGACGUGACAACGGGUGUGCUGGACUGGUCAGUCACGCCGGACCCGCUCCCCACGCCAGAGGAACGAUUCGAUGUGAUUCUCGCCGCAGACCCGCUCUACUCACCAAGCCACCCGAAGUGGCUGGUCGACACGAUCGGUCCCUGGCUGAGCCGUGGGCUGGACGCGCGCGUCGUGGCGGAGAUGCCCCUGCGCGAUGCGUAUCUGCCUCAGGUGCAGGAGUUCCGGCGGCGCAUGGCGGACCUUGGAUUGGCGGUUGUGGAGGAGGGUACUGAGGUUGGCUAUGACGACUGGGAGAGCGCGGAUGGCGGUGCGGUGGCUGUGAAGUGUUGGUGGUCAGUGUGGGGGUGGAGUGAGAAGGUUUGA